CAAAACGUAAAGUUGUGUGGCGAUCGGUUCCCUGUAGUAUUCCUGUAGUCCACUCGUGCGUUCCAUCCGUCGCCUGUUCCGGUCAAACUUCUCGUCUCCCCUCCGCCGCCGCCGCCCACCGCCAUGCCGCCGGCCGGUAGCCUCACCGACGAGCAGCUCCGCUUCUUCGACACCAAUGGGUACCUCGUGUUGGAAUCGUUCUCGAGCGCGGAGGAUGUGAAGGGGAUGCGGGACCGCAUGGCCGAACUCGUCGACGGCUUCGACGGCGCCAGCGCCAACGUAUUCUCCACCAAGGAUCAUCGGCAGGUGAAGAAUGAAUUUUUCUUUAAGAGUGCGGAGAAUAUCUCCUUCUUCUUUGAGGAAAAGGCAUUUGGAGAUGAUGGAUGCUUGAAACAGGCAAAGGAACUUUCAAUAAAUAAAGUUGGGCAUGCAUUACAUGAACUUGACCCUGUGUUCAAAAAGUUCGCUUUCGGUGCGAAUGUUUCCAGCGUGUUCUCUUCUUUAUGCUACAAGAGACCUGCAGUUAUUCAAUCUAUGUACAUCUUUAAGCAACCAGGCAUUGGUGGCGAGGUGGUGCCACACCAGGAUAAUACAUUCCUAUAUACAGAGCCUCCAUCAUGCACAGGGUUGUGGCUUGCACUCGAAGAUGCAACAAAAGUGAAUGGUUGCCUUUGGGCAAUUCCUGGAUCACAUAAAAAUGGUCUGAAAAGGCGAAUGAUCAGAGAUGAACAUGAUACUCAUUUUGAUCAUCCUUCACCAAACUAUGAUCCGAAAGAAUUUGUGCCAUUAGAAGUAAAGUCGGGUGAUUUGGUGGUUAUUCAUGGAGAUCUUAUACACCAGAGCUUUGAGAAUCUUUCACCGGUGUCAAGACAUGCAUUGAGCUUACAUGUAAUUGAUACCGAAGGAUGUGAAUGGUCCAAGCAAAAUUGGUUACAAAGGAAAACCCCACCUCAGCCACUUUAUGGAAAUUAGUUACAUCAGUUACCUAUAUGUCAAAUAAACGAGAGGGUGAGGUCUUCUACAAGCAAUCGUGAUGGUGCUGAUUGCCUAUCCUCAUCGCAAUAAAUUUGUAGCACGGUACUACGAUGUGGAGUAGCUAUGCUUCUUUCCCGCCUUUAGACAAUAUAAAUACAUUGCUAUUCUGUUUUGUCAUGGAUGAUAUUUUUCCCUGUAAUUUAUCUCUAGUUCUUAUGCUGUGUUCCGGAAAGAGGGUUAUUAGAACUUUUCCCCGGAAUGGAAAAUAGAGCGGCAGAUUAGGGCAGGAUUAAUUAUGUAUUGACUUAAGAAAACUUGAAAAAUUAUUAUGCGUUGCCAGCAAUGAGCUUAUAGGAUACAUAUGAGCGAUGGCUGGGCGAGGCUUCGG